AUUGGGAUGUCUCCUCCAAGGCAAAGUGGAUCCCACAGCGUGCUGCGAACCGGCAGCCUCAUUUAAACAGCAGAAGCUGCCAGGGUGCAUCGCCCUUCCCCCUGUGAUUCCGAGCCUGGGUUUGCAAAGGGCUGUUCAGACUCAGACCCCGCUGUGGUCUGAUGUCAGCCUGAAGCCACCGGGCGCUCCUUGGCUUUAAUAACUAGACUUUGUCGGCUGCAGCCCGGGUAAGACUGGCAGUGCCGGGCAGUAGGACAUUUUCUGCCGUGAACGCUGGCUCGCAAACGGAGUGGAUUCUGGAAGAGCAGCAAAGCCAAAAGGGGCGACCAGAGGCACCCGGGGCAUACUGGUGAAUUAAUAACCAAGGCAACAGGACAUUAUCCCCUUGGAAAUUCAUGCCAUCCUCUUUGAUCUGGAGCUGAGAAUGUGGUCCCUGUUGAGUCAUUUUUUUGCAUUGUCAUUCAUUUGCUGCUUGGCAGAAGACAGUAGGCAGCAUGGUCCAGUGUUUGAAGAACAACCACUACCUACCAUCUACCCAGAAGAGUCUGAGGAGGCAAAAGUGUCACUAAACUGCCGAGCUCGGGCAAAUCCUCCCCCAGUCUACAGGUGGAAACAAAACAACCGGGACAUUAAUGUGGAUGAUAGCCGCUACAGCAUGAUCGGCGGUAACCUAGUUAUCAACAACCCGGAGAAGGGAAAGGACCGUGGCAGGUACCAGUGUCUGGCAACAAACAAGUAUGGAACCGUCAUUAGCAAAGAGGCCAAGCUGCAAUUUGGAUACCUCGAGAGAUUUCCAACUGAGGAGCGCCAAACCGUGGAAGUAAGGUUAGGAGUGGGUGUGAUGCUUCUCUGUGCUGCACCUCCACAUUUCCCAGAUGACCUCACCUAUCGCUGGCUACUGAACGAGUUCCCCAAGUUCAUCAUGUCUGGCAGGCGGCGUUUUGUUUCUCAAACGACCGGGAAUCUGUACAUUGCGAAAGUGGAAGAGGCCGACAUAGGCAACUAUUCCUGCAUUGUCACAAGCCCAUCCAUCUCCAAAAGUGUUUUCAGCAAGUACAUCCCACUCAUCCCUCAGACUGACGGUGUAGUGAGACGAUAUCCUGCUGACAUCAGAGUGAAGUUCACUGACACCCAACUCCUGAUGGGCCAAAAUCUAACUCUUGAAUGCUUUGCACUUGGAAACCCACUUCCGCAAAUCCAGUGGUGGAAGGUGGAGGGAAAGUUACCCAGCAGUGCCGAGCUGCUCAACUUCAACUCAGUCCUAAGGCUAACAAACAUCCAGCCUGAGGAUGAAGGGGUUUACGUGUGUGAAGCGAGAAAUUCCAAAGGAAGGGACCGUGUUGAAGGACGCCUCACUGUACAUGCUCACCCUUACUGGAUCCAGCCAAUCAAUGACACAAUGCAGGACAUCGGGAGUGACCUCACCUGGCACUGUGAAGCAGGAGGCAAACCCCAGCCCACCUACAGAUGGUUCCGGAAUGGGGAAGUAGUGUAUGGGGCCCGAUUCCGAGUGAAUAGAGGGGAGCUGCGAAUUUCCCGACUGAUCCUGCAAGAUUCCGGAAUGUACCAGUGUGUGACGGAGAACAAACACGGAUCCUUAUAUUCCAAUGCUGAGUUGAAAGUUUUGGCUUCAGCACCAGACUUUAGACUGAACCCUGUAAGGAAGAAGCUGUUGGGGGCCAGGGGAGGCAAAGCACUAAUUGAGUGCAACCCCAAGGCUGCUCCCAAGCCAACCUUCUCGUGGAGUAAGGGCACUGAGCUCCUCAAGAAUAAUUCAAGGAUGUCCAUUUGGGCCAAUGGCACUCUGGAAAUUCGCGAACUAUCUAAGGCUGAUGAGGGAAGCUAUACCUGUUUCGCAGAUAACAACAGAGGAAAAGCAAACAGCACUGGCACUCUUUCUGUGACAGAGCCCACCAAAAUCACCCUUGAGCCAUCGAGCAUUGAUAUCACCAUGGGAGAAAAUGGCACCAUGGAGUGCCAUGCAUCCCAUGAUACCACACUGGACCUUACAUUUAUCUGGUCAACUAAUGGCUAUCCUAUUGACUUUGAGAAAGAGAAAGACUACAUGGAACGCAAUGUACUGAAUGGAGGUGGUGGAGAAUUGUUCUUUAAAAAUGCACAGCUGAGACACACGGGGAAAUACACCUGCACUGCCCAAACCAUCGUUGACAGCACAUCCGCCUCCGCAGACCUGAUUGUCAGAGGUCCACCGGGACCCCCUGGAGGGGUGAGGGUUGAAAAUAUCGGAGACACCUUUGUGACCCUGUCCUGGAGUCGAGGGACAGACAAUCACAGCCCAAUCUCCAAGUAUACCGUUCGGCAGAAGUUUUUUGAUUCUGAUGAAUGGAAAGAGGCCAAAACAGAUCCUCAGGAUAUUGAAGGCAACAUGGAAACAGCAAAGGUUGUCGACUUGAUCCCAUGGAUGGAUUAUGAAUUCAGUGUAGUAGCAACCAAUACCCUGGGGAUGGGAGAACCCAGUCUGCCAUCUGCGAAAAUCCGGACAGCUGAAGCAGCUCCCACCGUGGCUCCAUCCGAUGUCGGGGGAGGCGGCGGAAGCCACCAGGAACUGACAGUAACCUGGACGCCCCUGCCAAGAGAGUACCAUUAUGGAAGCAGCUUUGGCUACAUCGUUGCCUUCAAGCCAAGUACGGACAAGGAAUGGAGGAAAGUGACGGUGCCCAACCCUGAAGGCAGCAGAUACGUUCACAAAGAUGACUCUCUAUCUCCACGCACCCCAUUUGAAGUCAAAGUUAAAGCAUUUAACAGCAAAGGAAAUGGGCCGUUUAGCCUGUCUGCUUUCAUUUAUUCAGCAGAGGAUGAGCCCAGUGAAGCUCCUUCACACGUGACUGCCAGGAGCCUCUCAUCUUCAGAAAUCGAAGUAAUAUGGUCACCUGUGUCCCAGCCGUCAUUGGAAGGCUAUGAAAUCAGGUACCGAAGGGACAUCGACACCGAGGCAGCUGCUCAGCGAGUAAGAACAAUUGGAACUAACACGACUGCAAGAAUCAGAGACCUUAAACCCCAUACACGAUAUUUUGUGGAAGUCAGGGCCUACAACAAAGCAGGAGCUGGCCCUUCUAGUCAACAAGUUGCAAUCACUACAAGAAAAGCACCUCCCAGUAAGCCUCCAAGAAUAAUCGACACCACAAUGCUUGGUACCUACUUCAGAAUUUCCUGGGAAGCAGUCAAGCCAUUGGACAAUGAGUCAAAUGUCGAAGGCUACAAGGUGCUAUACAGAAGAGAUGGCACAGUAAACAGUACACUGUUGCAGACAGUGGGACACAAUAUAAACAUACCUAUUCACGACGAGGGAGACUAUAUUGUGGAAGUACGAGCCUAUGGUGAAGGAGGAGAUGGAGCAGUGAACUCAGUCAAAAUUUCUAAAAGUUCAGGAGUCACUGUGCAGAUCUCCUACAUGUUGCUUAGUUUUGGCUUGAUCCUUGGUGCCAUCAGUUGCCUGGAGCUGUGAUUGUAGCCGAUGUUAUCUUUUCUUCACAUCAAUAAAGAGCUCUCCAUGAGGUGACUGGAUCGUCUCAAGCCUGUAAGGAUCUUUGCUCGCUGCAGACAUCCCUGGUACCAUCAAAAGCCAAAUAUAAUAUGAAUUUGAAAGACUUAUUGUAUACUUCAAGAAGACAGAAGGCAUCAAGGAACUUCCCC